AUGGACGCGAGGCAGCAGGCCGGCGGUGCGGCCCUGUGCGCCAACGGCUGCGGCUUCUUCGGCGGCGCCGCGACCAGCGAUCUCUGCUCCAGAUGCUACAAGGAGCAGCAGCUGCUCGACGUCGUGGCCUUUGAUGACGCCGUCAUGUCCGGCCUCCGAUCGCUGGCCAUCACGCUGACGAAAGCCGGAGGCGAGGAGGAGGGGACGCCGUCGUCGACGACGAAGAAGAAGCGAUGCAGUGCGUGCCAGAGGAAGGUGGGGCUGCUGGGGUUCGUGUGCCGGUGCGGGGCCACCUACUGCGGCGCGCACCGCCACGCCGACGCGCACGGCUGCUUCUUCGACUACAGGGCAGCCGGCCGCGAGCAGAUCGCGCGCCAGAACCCGCUCGUCGUCGCGCCCAAGAUGGCAAGGGUUUGA